AUGUCGACUACUACCACGACAACAACCCCGGGAUGGUACCAAACCAACGUCAAAUCCAUCGACCCCGAGGCCCAAUCUCUUUUGGAAAAAUAUGGCGGUCUACAACCUGACGAGGUUCUUCCUCAUGUCCUCGCUCUCCGAGAUGAAGCAUUCAAAAUCUUCCCAUACCCCUGCAUCGGGCAAAUGCGGUUCAUAAGCUGCCACCUCUCGCGCCUCCCGUUCUAUCCACGAGUCCUCGCCCGGCUUCGUUCCCAAUCCGCGAGGGCGUUCCUGGAUGCCGGAUGCUGUGUCGGCCAGGAGCUCCGACACUUAGUGAACUGUGCCAAUAUUCCAGCCCAGAAUCUGUAUGGGUUUGAUCUCGAACCGGGGUUUUUUGAUCUCGGUUACAAACUUUUCCGCGAUGAUACUACGAAAUUUCCUGCUACGCUGCUGGCAGCGGACUUGGGAAUUGACGAAGCCGAUUGGGAAGCAUCUCCGAUUGUAGAAAUUAUGGGCGGAAAGAUUGAUGUAGUAUGGGCAGGCUCAUUGCUGCAUUUCUGGGAUUAUGAGGGACAGGUACAGUCAGUCCUUCGGUUAAUUGGUUUGUGCCGAGAUGAAGAGGGUAUCAUCUUGUGUGGAAGGCAAAUGGGAAGUGUAUUGGCAGGGGAGUAUGAGUUGACCGGGUUACUGGAAAAGAAGCACUAUCGACAUAAUGUUGAGAGUUUGAAGGGUUUGUGGUUCGAUAUUCAGCGACGGACCGGGCAAAAAUGGGAGGUGGAGGGGGCCUUGGAAUUCGGCGAGACAACUACGAAGAUGCAAGGGAUGAGUUUUGUGGAUUCUAAUGCAAGAAUAAUCUGGUGGUGUGCCACCAGAUUGUCCUCGGGGCGCAAAGGAUUCGCAGGAAAAGAGAAUUUCUGA